GACCUGGUUCUGGAUCACGUCUUUGGCUUCAGAGGCUUCGACUGCCGGAACAACCUGCACUACCUGAACGACGGCUCAGACAUCGUCUACCACACGGCCGCCACGGCCAUCGUUCACAGCCUGAGCGCCGGAACUCAGAGUUUCUACCUGGAGCACACCGACGACAUCCUGUGUCUGACCGUCAACCAGCAUCCCAAAUACAAGAACAUCAUCGCCAGCGGACAGAUCGGUGACGUCGGUGAAAUCCCAGGUACGAAUCCGUCCAUCCACGUCUGGGACGCCAUGAGCAAACAGACGCUGUCCGUCCUGCGCUCCAGCCACGCCAAAGGAGUCGGAUACGUGAACUUCAGCGCCACCGGGAAGCUGCUGCUGUCUGUCGGAGUCGAACCUGAACACACCAUCACCGUGUGGCGCUGGCAGGAAGGAUCCCGGGUUUGCAGUAAAGCCGGACAUCCGGACCGGAUCUUCGUGGUGGAGUUCCGGCCGGACUCAGACUCCCAGUUUGUUUCUGUGGGAAUCAAACAUGUGAAGUUCUGGACUCUGGCUGGCGGCGCGCUGAUGUAUAAGAAAGGAGUGGUGGGGUCGGUGGAGGAUGGCCGGAUGCAGACCAUGCUCUCUGUGGCCUUCGGUGCUAACAACCUGACGUUUACCGGCGCCAUCAACGGCGACGUGUACGUGUGGCGACAUCACUUCCUGCUGAGGCUGGUGGCGAAGGCCCACACGGGGCCGGUGUUCACCAUGUACACCACGCUGCGAGACGGACUCAUCGUCACCGGAGGGAAGGAGCGGCCGACCAAAGAGGGCGGAGCCGUGAAGCUGUGGGACCAGGAGAUGAAGCGCUGCCGGGCCUUCCAGCUGGAGACGGGUCAGCAGGUGGAGUGCGUCCGAUCCGUCUGCAGAGGAAAGGGGAAGAUCCUGGUGGGAACGAAGGACGGGGAGAUCCUGGAGGUCGGGGAGAAGAACGCGGCGUCCAACCUGCUGCUGGACAGCCACGGCCGCGGCGGCAUCUGGGGUCUGGCUGCCCACCCGGUCAAAGAGCUCUGCGUCACCGCCAGCGACGACGCCACCAUCAGGCUGUGGGACCUGAGCGACAAGAAACUCCUGAACAAGGUGUGCGUCGGCCACGCCGCUCGCUGCGUGAGCUUCAGCUCCGACGGAGAGAUGCUGGCCGUCGGGAUGAAGAACGGAGAGUUCCUCCUCCUCCUCGCCAACUCCCUGAAGAUCUGGACCAAGAAACGGGACCGCAGCGCCGGCCUGCAGGACAUCCGCUUCAGCCCGGACCGCCGCCUGCUGGCCGUCGGGUCGGUGGAGAACACGGUGGACGUUUACGACAUGAGUGGUGGACCGGUUCUGACCCGGCUGGGAUACUGCAGCGACAUUCCUGCUUUCAUCCUGCAGCUGGACUUCUCAGCGGACAGCGGCUACAUCCAGGUGUCCACCGGAGCGUACCGCCGGCUGGUGUUUGAGGUUCCUUCAGGGAAGCUGCUGAGUGACCAGAGCGCCGUGGACAGAAUCACCUGGGCGACGUGGACCAGCAUUCUGGGAGAUGAAGUCCUGGGGAUCUGGCCUCGAAGCGCAGACAGAGCCGAUGUGAUCUGUGCGUGCGUUUCCCACGCCGGCCUGAACGUGGUCAGCGGAGACGACCUGGGAUUGGUCCGACUGUUCGAUUUCCCCUGCAGCGACAAGUUUGCCAAACACAAGCGUUUCCUCGGACACUCGCCUCACGUCACCAACAUCCGGUUCUCCCACGACGACAAGCAUGUGGUCAGCACCGGAGGAGACGACUGCAGUGUGUUUGUGUGGAAAUGUCUGUAAACGUCGGGAUCCAGAGCGCCUCAACAGAACCACAGUGGAUCCAGAGCGCCUCAACAGAACCACAGUGGAUCCAGAGCAGCUCAGCGUUUCUCUCCACAAUCAGCCUGACAGACGCUGGACAGACGCUGGACAGAAGCUGGACAGAGGCUGGACAGACGCUGGACAGGCGCUGGACAGAGGCUGGACAGAGGCUGGACAGACGCUGGACAGAGGCUGGACAGACGCUGGACAGGCGCUGGACAGACGCUGGACAGACGCUGGACAGAGGCUGCUGAUGUUCACAGAUGUUCAGGUCCCUCCACCUGGGAUCAGACCGGACGCUGCAGCGCCUCCUAUAGUUAUGAGGAGGAAACUCAUAGCUUCACUCUGUGGAUCAGUUUCCUCUGUUUAUUCAUCAAACACCUUAAAAUGAACCUGCAGGCCUCCGUAGUGAUCCAGAUCUCAGAACUCCAGUCUGGGAACAUUACCACACUGAACUGGGAUCCAGUUACAACCAAGAAAACCAGUUUGAUCCUGAUCCUUGUACUCAGUCACCAGGCUAACUAGUGUUAGCAACACAAGCUAAUAACUAAGGAGUUUCCCUGCAUUUUAUGCCAAACCUGACAGAACAUGUUCACCAACAUGUUAUGAACUAUAAUGACUCUGAAUGAAUGAAUGAGGCGUAAAGCAUCAGAGGUUUCAAUGAUCAGCUCAGUGCUGCAACUUUCAGCAUCAUUACUUCAUGCAGCGGCCAUGUUGGAUUGGAGUUUUGGGUUGGAAACUUGGAUCUGCUUCUGGUGCGAAAGGAAACCGGAAUAACGAGGCAAAGAUUUAAAUUAAGCUUCCAUGAAAUCACUGAACAUUUUAGAUUUUUAGAGUGAAGCAGGAAGCUGUAACAAAACUAAAAUAAAAACUGUCUAUAGAUCAAUUUAAAAAAGAUGUAAAUUUUAUAAGACAACCAUGGAGGCUUUUACAGAAACAGUUUUAUUUCACCUGGAAGCUGCAGAACCAGAACCGAAGCAUCAACACCAACAUCUGGACUAAGAAUCAAAUGAUGAUGAUGAUGAUGAUGAUGAUGACCUGAGGCUGAAAUGACCUUAAACUUCUGCCUGAGAAAAGCAGCUGAUAAUCCGUCUCGUUGUCAAAGAGCCUCGGCUGCAUCUGGACUUGGUCUGCCUGAAGUGCCUUUCUGGAUCUUUCUGUUUGUCUCAUUUAUCCUGGACCAGGAUCAGAUUUCAGAUGUUUGACAUCCAUCCUUGGACUUUCUGUUCUGUCUGGUGCUACUCUCUGAAUGUUCAUCCUGACUGGAUAGAAAAAAUGUUUCUGCUUUUAGUUUUAAAUAGCAGUGCAUCGAUUGCAGUUUUCUGGCAGAAGAGAGCAAAAGAGGACAGUGGUUGAUUCUUAGACCUUCGACAAGCUAGAUGAGAUCGGCUGAUCGCUGAUCUCCCAAAAAUUAAGGAAAUCGGCACCGAUAAAUCGAUGCGCCCUUAGUUUGAAUCCCAGCCAAAGCAGGGAGUUCAGACCCAGAGAGAAGAAGAAUAACUGGAAUAUUUCAUGUUUUUACGCCUGUGUGGAUGAAGCCCAGCUCAUCCACACAGACGCUGCCCAACAAAACCUGUAGGUAUAACGAGUUGAAUCGGGUUCAGUCAUGUGGUGUUCAAUCACACGGCAAGAGCAACACACAACACCGACAGAAAAUCCCAUAAAACCCAUUAUGUCACGUGAAUUUCAAGUAAACAAACAUGGCUGACAACCUAGAAGCAAUAGUGAUAGUUUGUUUUAUUUAUUGUUUUAUUGCUUAUUUUAAGCAAUAAAAGACGUAACAAAAAGAAGAAACGUUGGAUAAAAGAGCGGAGGUCAGUUAUUCUGUUUUUUUGUCUUUUCCAUUUGUGUAACGGUGGCAAACAAUAAAGCGAGAUGUUGUGAUUGAGUCCGUAACAUUUUAAUCUAUUGUUACAAAGUAACUCCGUUAGCAGCCAUUAUAAAAAGAAAACAUCCGCUCCACCACCGUCGUCUCCUAGCAGCGGCGGACUGAUGCUGACCCUCCGUGUCAAACUGUGACACGGCCACUAAAAUAACACACACAACACAAAACAGUAUUAAUUUACCUCCACUAUUCUGUCAACAUGGCCUGUGUGCCACAUGUGCUUAGAUUGUUCUCCAUUUCAUCGUUUCUUUAAGCUUCAAAGGUUAAUUAUUAUUUACAAUUACAUUGAGAACAAGAGGCACAAAAUAAUGACUACAAGUCCAGUUAAUUAAAACCAGGCAUUAAUCAAUGUUUUACUACAAUCUACCUGUGAUGCAUGUGGCUAGAGCCAGCGCCCUGUGGAGUGAAAAUAUGGAGUGAAAAUGGUCUCAAAAUCACUCCAUAUUUUCACUCCAUAUUUUCACUCCAUACUGCUGCCAAACAAAGUUCCUCAAAGAAAGACUGGAAGGAAUCUGCAGAUUUUUCCCUCUGCAGUGGAACAGAUUUCAGGGGUCAAAGUUCACCUGGAGAGCAGCAGCCACAGGUCGGUCAGACAGCGCUACAGUCAAGGUAAAAAGUAAGUACACCCUCUGUACUUCCUGUAACAUGAACUGUGGGAUGUUCCAGAUGUUCCUGAACCAGAAGCUGCUCUGAAAUCAGUUUCAGUGAAAAUGUUUGUGUUGCUCUAAACUCUGAAAAUAUGAAACUCCUGAGUUUGUUUUAAACUCCAAACCUUUAUCGUUCUGCUGAGACGUUUUCCUGACAAUAAAUGAGGCUGAUGGAAGGAAAGAACAUC